AGCAGGGGAGGAUGGAGGAGAUGUUCACCCCCAAGGGGCCAGGAGACCCAGAGGACACAUUGGAGAACCAGAGGUUGAUGGAGGACAAGGCUGGAAUAUUCCAGAACUUGAGGAGGUGGUCAGGGCGCCUGCCCCGGGUCCGUCUCCGUCUCGUUCAGCUGCUCAUCUCCAUGGGCCUCUUCAUGCUACUAGUGACCAUCCUGGCCCAAGAUAUGCAGAAGCAGAUUCAAGACGAACUCGAAGUCAUCGGCAAGCGGCUUGCUCGGAUGAAUGGCACUCUGGGUACACUCUGCCGCCAGUGCCCCUGGGGCUGGCAGCUCUUCCAGGGAAGCUGCUACUGGUUCUCCAGGUCCCAGACCGAUUGGGCGUCUUCAGACCCUGCCUGUCAGAGCAUGAACGCCCGGCUGGUGGUCGUCAACAGCGUCUCCGAGGAGAAAUUCCUCCAGUCUUGGGAGGUCCGGCACGAGAAAAGAACUUGGAUCGGACUCAGUGACCACCACGAUGAGGCGUCCUGGCAAUGGGUGGACGGGACCCCUUUCCAACUCAGCUUCUGGAAACCAGGAGAACCCAACAACGAUAAUAAUGAAGACUGUGUGGAAUUGUACAAUGAUGGCUGGAACGAUGACAAGUGUAGUAAAGAGAAGCCGUGGAUUUGUGAGAAGCCCGCGUUGUCCUGCUCCCAACCGUGAUGACCAUUGUCCCCCUCGGUCAGGCUGCUCUGGGGCUCCGUGAGGCGCUCCUGCCCCAACUGUGGCUUUCUCCUCCUGGACCCUGGAGAUCCCCAGAGAUCCCGAGACCCC